AUGGCGUCGUUACUUUUCCCUUUGUCUUCUGGAAUCUUUGUGAGUAGGCCUGAUCAUACGAGCACCAGAAUAUCAUCACCAUGCUCUACAUCAUCUAGGUUCCCAGCGGUGUCUGUGCUACAUAAACAAGUCGCUACAAGACGUCUGCGGCUUUGCUGCCCAGCUGCACAAAGUGAACAGCUCAGCUACAGGACUGCAGGCGUGGACAUUGAUGCAGGAAAUGAGCUUGUAAGAAGAAUACAGAAGUUGAACCCUCAAAUAGGGGGUUUUAGCGGCUUUGUACCCUUCGGGGACUCCUACUUGGUUGCUGGCACCGAUGGUGUGGGGACGAAGUUGAAGCUUGCCUUUGACUUGCAUAAACAUGACACGAUUGGCAUUGACCUGGUGGCAAUGAGCGUCAAUGACAUCAUCACCUCCGGUGCAAAGCCUCUGUUCUUCCUGGACUACUAUGCCACUGGAAAGCUGGAUGUUGACGUUGCCGAGGCGGUUGUCAAGGGCAUCGUGGAAGGCUGCAAGCAGAGCGACUGCACACUGCUUGGUGGUGAGACAGCAGAGAUGCCAGGCUUCUACUCUCCAGGGGAGUAUGACGUGGCAGGAUUUGCAGUUGGGGCUGUCAAGAAGGAGGCGGUCAUCGAUGGCAGCUGCAUCCAGGAGGGAGAUGUCCUGCUGGGCUUUGCAUCCAGCGGCGUCCACUCAAACGGCUUCUCCCUCGUGCGCAAAAUCCUGGAGGUGUCCAACACUGACCUUGGAGAUCAGACGCCCUGGGGCAGUGGCACAUUUGGAGAUGCUCUGUUGGCGCCCACAAUCAUCUACGUACAACGGUUGCUUUCCCUGAUAGAUAUCGCAGAUGUCAAGGGUGUGGUGCACAUCACUGGUGGAGGGUUCCCUGAGAACAUCCCGCGAGUGGUGCCAAAGGACAAGGACCUGGGAUUCAGGAUAGAGAGGGCUUCAUGGGAGAUCCCCCCGCUGUUCCAAUGGCUGCAAUCAGCUGGCAACGUUGCGGAGUCGGAGAUGUUCCGUACCUUCAACAUGGGCGUGGGCAUGCUGCUCAUAGUUGACAAGGAAAGCGUCAGUGCUGCGCUCAAGCACGACCCCGAAGCAUUUGUCAUGGGGGAAGUGGUGGCAGGGCGGGGCGUCAACAUUGUCUAG